UGGUGUCUGCCUCCGAGCGUGAGUGUGUGUGUGUGUGUUGGAGGGAGAAAAGAGAUAAAGAGAGAGAGAGUAAGGGAGGGAGAGGCAAGCCGCGUUUCUUCUCCCCCCUUUAGCCUCCCCGUCUCCCUGCUCCCUGUCACUCCAUCCUUCCUCCCCUCUCCUGGACCACCCUCCUGCUUCCAGCCGGACCGGGACCCCCCCCCCCCUACCACCCAGACCGCCCCGGGACCCUUUGACUCUCCUCACUUCUCCGUCCCACCAACAAAAAAACCUCUAAGCAGGAAUUCCUCUCCUCUCCUCCCCUGGAACGCUGUCUGUCAACUACUCAACUGCACAAUAUACGCUGAAGUCACUCCCACAGUUUAUUUGAUCUAAGGCGCUUCUGCUAGGCGGGCGCAGCAGAGUGCAGACUUUAGUCUCCCCAUUCUGCUGGAAGGCUGCCAGCCACAGGUCACAUGACCUGGAAGAAAAAACCUGGGAGACUUUUGGGAUCCCUUUUCGCAUGGGCUGCUUAUCAACCUGAAGGGAAGUCCAAAGGCUGAUGAGCUGACCUCUGUGCGACACCACGUUGCUCUGGAGUCCUGUAUGCCCUGGGAAACAACACCCAGCGCAAAUCUGGUGACUGGCUGGCUGGUAUUCCACCCUACCCAUUCUCCUCUUGAGGACAUCCCAUUCCAGGACAUUGCUUUGGCCUUACUUCCCCCCAGCAUGGAGAUGGAACCCACUAAAGUCCCGUCAGAGGGCGGCCUCAAUGUCACCCUCACCAUCCGCCUCCUCAUGCACGGAAAAGAGGUUGGAAGUAUAAUUGGAAAGAAAGGGGAAACAGUAAAGAAAAUGCGUGAAGAGAGUGGAGCCCGAAUCAAUAUUUCCGAGGGUAACUGUCCCGAGAGGAUUGUCACCAUCACUGGACCAACAGACACCAUCUUCAAGGCUUUUGCUAUGAUAGCCUACAAAUUUGAGGAGGACAUCAUCAAUUCCAUGAGCAACAGCCAAGCAACCAGCAAGCCCCCUGUCACCUUAAGGCUCGUCGUGCCAGCCAGCCAGUGUGGCUCUCUCAUAGGUAAAGGAGGCUCCAAAAUCAAAGAAAUGAGAGAGUCCACAGGGGCCCAGGUCCAGGUAGCAGGGGACAUGCUGCCCAACUCCACAGAACGUGCAGUGACAAUCUCCGGAACCCCAGAAGCCAUCAUCCAGUGUGUCAAACAAAUAUGUGUGGUCAUGCUCGAGUCUCCACCAAAAGGUGCCACCAUCCCUUAUCGCCCAAAGCCCGCCUCCACCCCAGUCAUUUUUUCUGGUGGCCAGGCCUACACAAUUCAGGGACAGUACGCCAUACCCCACCCAGAUCAGUUGACCAAGCUCCACCAGUUGGCUAUGCAGCAAACCCCCUUUACCCCCCUCGGACAGACCACCCCUGCUUUCCCUGGUUUGGAUGCCAAUCCACCAGCCAGUACCCAUGAACUCGCCAUUCCCAAUGAUCUAAUAGGCUGCAUCAUUGGACGCCAGGGAACCAAAAUAAACGAGAUCCGACAGAUGUCUGGAGCGCAGAUCAAAAUCGCGAAUGCCAUGGAGGGCUCCUCGGAGCGCCAGAUCACCAUCACAGGGAGUCCUGCCAACAUCAGUCUGGCCCAGUAUCUCAUCAAUGCCAGGCUGACGUCUGAAGUCACUGGAAUGGGCACACUGUAAUUUCUACCCACCUUCCCUCAGUGCAUCACAUGACCUUUGAGCAAAUGGCAUUGCACCUAAUAUAUAUUUAUUUCUCUGUGUUUGACUGUCCUGAUUUAUUAAGUGACUUUAACUAUGAUUUCUAGUAUUUACUGUCAACACAUGUAUCCGCACUGUUCCUAGGAUUCCUCACACCUGUCCCUGUUGUUUUCUGAAAGGUUGCUUAACUUUUUUGACACUCUUGUACCUUUCAUGGCAUCUCUCACGCACCGCGCCGCUUUGUUUUACCUCAUGUUUCAACUUUGUCUUUCUUGCACUGCAGGCACCAGUCAAUGCAAAGCAAACCUGUAAAUUGGUAUGACAAUUUAAACCAAGGUUUUCUUUCCUUCAGCCCGCAUUCUCCUAUUUUAUGAUGGAUGGAGUUGGUGCUUUACCAUGUGAACAUAGACAUUUCCCUGCUUUUAAUUGUGUAGUGUUGUUACAUUUAAAUUGUUCUGCAUGACACACAACACCUACUACAUUUCCAAUUUAUUUCAAACUCAAACCUGCGGAAAGGAAGACCAAAUGCUAAAAGGGAAUGGAGGGACAGAAACGGUCUUUUGAUCUGAAAGUGUGACUUUGACUCCAAUUUGGAAUGGGUACAGGCCAGUAAACAACCCUCGUAAUGCGCAAAUAUCCAAGUUUCAUGCGAAAAAAGACUGUUGUGGAAAAAUGGAAAUGACUAAAGUGAAGGGUGAAAUCCAAAUGCAUGCUACAAAUAAACACCACUUUAUUCACUUGUACUCCACAAACAUAAUAUAACUUUCAUGUUAUUCAUGCUGCCAUGUCAUAACAAAUAUAGAGGUAUGGGCCAUAUAGAAAAUGAUUGAGUCUGGUGACCUCACAUGUCACUCAUUUAAGGCACAGUUUGCUAGGCAACAAGCCUUUCCAGUUACGGUAAAUGUAGUAUGUUUCUGGUUAGCAUGUAUAAUUCACUAGAGACAUAUAUUUGUACGUAAAUAUGUAUCCACAAUGAACCAAUUUUGCAGAUAGAGUCUCUGCACCAUUAAUUAACCCUUGUGCCUCACUAGGGACAUUUUCCGCUCAUCUCAUAUUAUCAGUCCAUAACAAAGUGUGUAGUCAGAACCCAUUUAAACAACAUUUAAAUAAUGUUUUUUUGUAUUCUUUUUUAUAAAAAUAAAAGGGAAAUGAUUUAAACAAUCUGGCAAAAUAUAUGAAAAUGGGGAAAUUAUGAUGAAGACUGGAGUAGAAGUUAUUUUAAUUGUACGAUACAUUUUGCAAUCUGGCAAUUGUUUGACUCACUGACAUUGUUGUCCUCUGAAACCAUCAGAGCAUUUUUUGUGAGGAACAAGGGUUGACAUUUAUUUUGUAAUCAGUCUAAAUUAUUACACUAGAAUUUAUUUCAGAAUGAUGCAUAUAGUAACAAACAUUAAAAUGGCUAUUUAACAAAAAGUUUGGAUGACUUAUUAAAAUGUAUCACCCAACAUACAUACAGUUUUAUAUAACAUCAAUAUUUCAGAUAUCAUCGAAUAUAAACCAAAAUCUUUCUGUAUGUCCUGCAACAAAUACAACUGGAUGGCCUUAUUAGUAUCUGCAACUGUCAUGAUAAUGUAUGCUCAACGAUAAAUAAAUAAAAGAUAUGUAGUCUACAACACACAGGAGACUUCAACAAAUAGCCUAAUAUAUUAUUCAUCUGAUGACUGUGUGUUACUGAUUGCAGGUAGCUAUUAUUUUAAAUCCACGUUAUCUUAAUAAAAGUAUACAUGUUACUUUCAAUGCCUGGAAAUGCAUUACUCCAAUAAUAAAUAAUGUUCUGGGAAUAUUAUUUAGUCAUUACAGGUACAUGGCUUUUUGGUUGAUUUUACGUGAGUCACUAAAAUGCUUUUGCUGUUGAGAAAUAGCUGCUUUACAUUAAUACAUUAACAUAUUACAUCCACACAUUGCUUGACAUUUACAUGAUGAAUGUAAAUAUGUACAUCAGCGCUCAUCUGGCUGCAUCUGGAUGUGUUUCAGAUGAACAAAGUGAGGAAAAGCUAAAUGAAGGCUGACAAUAAAGAUUUUGUAAUAAUCACACAGUGUAGAAAAAUUCCACAUUGAUAGUUGUGUCUGUUGGUUGAAGGUGGUUGUGUGCCAGCCAUGAUGCAGUCAUGCUGCUUUACAGUAAGAGCCGUUUGCAAACAUCUCAGUUGCCUUUUUCAUUGUCAUAUCUGUCAUAAUCAUGCAUCGCUCAUGUGCUUAUCAUUACGGUGUUUGAUUUACACUCUGUAGUGUAAAUAGAACACCCUCUUGUUGUGUUGAUUUUGCCUUUUGACUCAUACAUUUACACAUUGUUGUUACUGUGCUAGAGCAUCAAAAAAAUGAAAGGCUAGCACCAUAAGUUGCUGUUUGAGGAAAUGUGUCUGAUCAUGUUUAAGUUUGAUCAUUUUCUUUUUGAAAGUCUGUAUUGGAUUUAUUAUUUAUUGAGGUUGAUACUGAAAUGUUUUGUAAAAAGAAGAGAAUAAAGUUUGUGUUUUUUCCCUUGA